CAACCUUUUUGUGUAGUGGAGGAGGUGUUUGACGUUUGUUGGUGUCUUGGUGCCGAAGUUAAAUUAAGUUUCAGAGGUCGAAAGGUUGGUAAAUAACGCAGCCAAGCAGCUGGUCUGAUGCAGAUAGAGUCUUCACGUCGUUUUUCAUCCACGUGUUUAAAACUGCGGUCUGAAAUCAGGCGCGGGAUAUACCGACAUUUAUCAUUAGUGAGAUGCCUGUCACAACAUCCAAAGGAAACUUUGGCCCAAGAAAGGUAGAACUUUCUAACUAUGUGAAGAUGCCUAUUUUUGGAUUAGGCACUUCUCAUAGUGGUGGCUAUUCUCAGGAGGCUGUUGUUUAUGCUUUGAAAGAUUGUAACUACAGACUUAUUGAUACAGCUAAACGUUAUGGUUGUGAAGAAUUCCUGCAGAGUGCAAUACAUCUGAGUGGUGUUCCUCGAGAGGAUAUUUUUUUAACAUCUAAGCUUUGGUGCACAGACUAUGGAAAAUCUACGACUCGCAAAGCAUUUCAAGGAUCCAUGAAGAGAUUGGGAGUUGAUUAUUUAGAUCUCUUUAUGAUGCAUUGGCCAUUAUGUCCUUCAAAUUUUAUGCAUAAAGAAAAAACUUUGGAAGAAACGUGGCGAGAAUUGGAAAUGCUGUAUGAUGAAGGCUUAUGCCGUGCUAUUGGUGUUAGUAAUUACAGCAUUGAGGACCUUGAGAAACUAAUGGAUACUGCAAGCGUAACACCUCACGUAAAUCAAGUGGAAUUCCAUCCCUUUCAAAAUCCUAUUGAUUUGAGGGAAUUCUGUCAUGAAAACAAGAUUCAAAUGGAGGGUUAUUGCCCACUUGGUAAAGGAAAGCUUUUAGGAGAAAAGGCUGUUAUUCGAGUUGCUAAACGGUGUGGCAGAACACCAGCACAAGUUUUGAUUAGAUGGUCUAUUCAGAAUAACGUUGUGACUAUUCCCAAGUCAACGCAAGUGAAAAGAGUGAAAGAAAAUUGUGAGGUUUUCGAUUUUCAAUUGAAUGAUGAUGAAAUGGAUAUACUCAAUUCUCUUCAUGAUGGACGAAGAAUCGUUGAUGUUUCAAGUAUUCAGGAAAAAAUUGACAGUCGUUUACCAGAUGGCUAUAAAUUAAAGCUUGUGAACUAUGAAUCUGAAAAAAUAAAUUACCGCCAUUAUUGAAUCAAAACUGAUUAUUUCUGAAUGUUAUUGCAUGAUCUUUGGUUUGUUGAAUAUGCUAAAAGAAUUCUUAUUUUAUUUAUUUAGAAUCCUUUAGUUUUCAUAGUUUCUUAAAUCUUUUCAUUUGUCGAUUUUUUUUUUUUUUUAAAUAAAGUUAGUUUUGAAAGAAUCCAUUAUUUGUUAAGUUUUGUAGUCAUUGUUAUAGCCAAACCUUAGUAAUAAUUAUGUGUUUCGUCAAAGUAGUGAAUGAACUGUGAUAGAAAAAUCUUUAAUCAUGUAGUUGUAAUUAUAGGUGUGUUGAUGUGCAUUUGGAGUACUAGUCGUACAAUAGACAUACGAAAGUUUUGAUAGACUUAUGAAUUGUUAUAUUAAUUGUGCACACAGAAUAGAUUGCCGUUUCAUACCCCCGUAUCCGUAGCCAUUAUGGUCACUGAACGGUUUGAUGGGCAUGUUACGGGAAUUUUAUUAAAUACCAGACUAUUUACAGAAGAAAAAAACAAAAAUAACUAUGUACAGAAUUUACAGACAUUUAAGAAAUGAUAAUUGAAACCGUUUACAACGAUUUUCUACUUUGAAAUAUUACAGAAAAAUUAUCUGGAGUAAUAAUAUUCAGAAAGAUGUUAUAUAUGAAAAAAAAAAGCAUAGGAAUUAUGUGAUUAUUGCAUUUGUUAUCUUAACGUAGUAGAUGAGGAUGCAGUUUAAAAAAAAUCCAAAAUAAAAUAAUUUGGUUAAUGGUAAGAAAGAGAAUCGCUGUUUGAAAUAUAUUUAUAAAUGCAUAUGUAUUUCAAGAAACUGGUGGUUUUUUUCCCCCUUUUCUUCUUUCCCUUAGUCCUUGUGUGUAUGACACUUGAUGUUGAAUGCGAAAGAGGCAAGAAAAUAUGUUUUCGCUGAUAAAUUUAAUUAUCCUGUGAGUUUUUUGACUGGAGAGGAAGUUGCUGGCAUAGAGCUGAUAUAUAAAUGGAAGGAGCUAGUUGCUUGUUUCUUGUCUAAACAAGUGUACCCAACAUGAGUCACGUAACUUAGGGGAAAUCUGGGAGUAAGAAUAAUUUUUUGGCGCCAUAUUGCAAAUCUUGGUAUACUCAAAAACUGCAGAGCAACAUUUUGCUUCCCGGCAUUGGGUCCGGUCGGUUUUCAUUUCCGGUUAACAUUUCCUAAACAGUUAUAUAAUAUAUUUAUAUUAUUAUAUAUUUAUAUAUAUAUAUAAAGUAACCAAAAAUAUUAGCUUUAGGUAAUUAAAACCUAUAAUUGAAACAAUCUAAAAUGAUAAAUAUUUUGGAAACGAAACUGAAUUAUUUCAGAAUCGCAACAUAAAUUAAUAAAUGGCUGUACUUUUAUAUAUGACGAAUAUUUAAAUGGAGAUGUUAUUCCUAAAAUAACUGGCUAGAUUUAUGUAAUUUUAAUAUUACUGAAAAUUACGUUUUUAAUGGAAUUAAUUUUUAUAAACAAGUAAAGGUCAUUCCAAUGGGAACAGCUUUCUCAAGUGCUUUAGCUAAUAUUUUCCUACAUUACUAUGAGAAAAAAUAAUUAAAUAUAAUUUAAUAAACGGGUGGAGGUAUAUUGAUGACUUACUUUUGAUAAACUUGGAUAAUACCAAUAUUGUGACUAAUUGCUGUCCAAAAGAUUUAAUUCUAACAGAAACAAAUAAAAAUCAACUUGAGGCUACCUUUCUGGAUUUAAAAAUCGAAAUAGCUAAUGAUAAAACAAUAGUUGGUAUCUACGAUAAAAGGGAUGAAUUCAACUUCAAAAUAACGGAACUUUGUAAUUAUCACUCUAAUCUAAACUCUAAAAUUUUCGAAAAUCUAAUUUUCUCACAAUUUAACAGGAUCAAAAGAGUUUGUAAUAACAAUUUCCUAUAUUGAAGCAACAAAUAAUCUCGUUAAUAAUUUAACUAAUAAUGAAUUUCCCAGAAACUACUGCAAUAUUAAUUUUUUAAUUAAGCGAGGGACGAUUUGGGAUUAAUCCUUUACCUUAAAUAAAAAUAGACCUUCUGUUGCAUAUUAAACAACUCAGUAGAUGGCGCUGAGAACCUCCAAUUAUUUUUUACCUUGAAUGGCGUUAGCUGGUGUGUGCUGCUUCUUUCAGACUUUUUGAGUCACUGUUUAUCAGGUAUUGGAUUUGUGAUGGCAUUUGUUGUUAUGGGCUUAUCCAGAUGAGUUCCAAGUGAUUGCUUUCUUACAUUAAUCAGCAGUUGUUUAAAAAAUAUAAAGCUCCUUGACGAAAAAUUAUUCAUUAUCAAUAUUAAAAAUAAAUAUUUUGCAAAUAACAGCCGGCUUCUGAAUAAUAUGUCCAGAUUGCAAGUGUCUUCUUUACAUUUGAGCUCACAUUUUUUUUUUUUUUUUCUUUUCGUCUGUCUUACUCAUGUAUAUUGCUAUUAUUGUUUUUUAAAAUAAUAUGUAACUCUGUAUAUAGAAAAUAAUUCUUCUUUGAAAUCUUCAUUGGCAAAAAACUGUGUAAGGAUCCUAUAUUUGUCAAUAUUUUUCAGAUAAUAAAAAGAUUCGGUUUAAGGGCAGUUUUUUUCUUAGUAUCGAAGUGCAAAUGAUUGCUUUCUUACAUUAUCUUGAAGCUGAUUAAAAAUAUAAAGCUAUUUAACGAAAAAUUAUUCGUAUUGUAUAAUAAAAACUUGGAAAAAAUAACCAGCUUCUGAAUAAUAUGUCCAGGUUGCAAACGUCUUCUUUAGAUUUGGGCACACAAAUUAUUUUUGUCUGUUUUACUCAUUUGUGCUGCUAUUAUUGUUUUUUAAACUGUACGAAUUUCUGUAGAUAGCAAAUAAUUCUUCUAUGAAAUCUGCAUUGCAAAAAAAAAAACUGUAGAAUGAUCCCAGAUUUGUCAACAUUAUUCAAAUAAUAAAAAGAUUAUAUUUAAGGACAGUUUUUCUUAGAUUUGGAGUGCAAGCGAUAACUUGCUUAUCUUAUUCAGAAGUUGAUUAAAAAUAUAAACAUAUGUAAUAAAAAAAAUUUCGUUAUGAAUAAUAAAAAUAAUAAAUAUUUUGAUAAUCAGCUGGUUUCUGAUUAAUAUGUCAGGAUUUCGUCGUCUUUAGAUUAGUACAUACAUUUUUUUUUUUUUUUUUUUUGUCUCCCAUACUCAUUUAUAUUGCUGUUAUUGCUUUUUAAAAUAAAAUGAAUUUUUGUAUAUAGCAAAUAAUUCUCCUAUGAAAUCUGCAUGGCAAAAAAAAAAACCUCUAAGGAUCCCAGAUUUGUCAAUAUUUUUCAGAUAAUAAAAGAAUUCUAUUUAAGGACAGUUUUUAUUAAAUUUGAAGUGCAAGCGAUUGUUUUUAAACUAUCCAGAAGUUGAUUAAAAUAUAAAUCUCUUCAACGAAAAAUUAUUCAUUAUCAAUAAUAAAUAUUGUGAGAAAAAGUGCCGGCUUCUGAAUAAUAUGUCCAGAUUUCAAGUGUUUUCUUUUGGUCUUUAGAUUUGUGCACACAAAUUGUUUUUGUCUCUUACUCAUUUACAUUGCUGUAUUUUUCACUUUUGGUUCAUAUAAGCUACAAUGUAUUUAUUUAUUUUAGCUUACCCUUCAUGAUCUUAUUGUAAUCGAAUUUUGUAAAUAAUAAAUACCCCCCUUUUUUUCAUUUAUAUUUCUAAGUGUGGAUAUUUGUAAAAAAAAAAAAUCCUAUACUACUUUUUUGAGUAUUAUGUGAUAUUGUUUUGAUUAUGUGUAUGUCUGUGGAGUAUUGUAGCAGCUAAAAUUGUAAUAUAUUUGUUUCCUUUAAGUGAGUUCUUUUUUUUUUUUUUUUU